AUGCCAGGUUUUGGGCAGUCUUUCGAUCCUACGGUGGAUCCGCCAAAUAUCUCGUGGUACAUCAACCUGUACCUGGAAGCCUUCAAACCACUCGGAUUGUUCGAAACCAAAUGUCAUGUUGUUGGUCAUCACUCUGGAGCUGUCAUCGGCGUUGAGCUAGCUGUGCUCCAUCCGGAGGUGGUCAAAACCUUGACGCUCUGCGGUCCUGUCUGUAUGGACAAGGAGGAGAGGGAGAAGAUGCGAGCCAAGGUUACGAUACCAUUCAACAAGCCAGCUGAAGAUGGCUCGCACCUCAUCAAGACGUGGGAGUAUCUUCAGCACCACGGAGGAAUACCAAGCCACGAUUUGGAUAUCCUGCAGCAAGAGACGCUCGACCACAGCCGAGCAUGGAAGGGAAGGUUGCAAAUUUAUAAUUGUGUUUGGGAUCAUGACGGGCCGGUGAUGUUCAAGAAGAUUAGCUCUCCAACACUGGCACUUUGCGCUCGGGACGAUGUAUUAUGGGAUGCCUUUGAUGCAGUCAAGAUCAUCCGGCCUGAUAUUCAAACCGCAGAGGUGACGGGCGCCAACUUUGGGCCCUCGAGAGGCAGCGAGUCCAUGGUCAAGGUCUUGACGCCCUUUCUAGAAAGACAUGAGACAAAAUGA